AUGGCCGACACGAAGCCAAGACGCAAGAUCACGGCAGACGAGUUGGCCAAGCACAACACCGAUGAAGACGCGUGGAUGGCUAUCCAUGGCCUUGUCCUUGACCUGAACAAGGAGUUUCUUGAUGAGCACCCGGGUGGCCCCGAUGUGGUCACAGCAUUAGCCGGAAAGGAUGGGACUCAAGAUUUCGAGGACAUUUCUCACAGCGACAGCGCCCGUGAAUGGGCCAACAAGCUGGUGAUUGGCUACAUGGAGGGUGCGGCGGAAGAAGAGGCAGAGCUUAAGACAAAACGCGUUCCAAAGCAUUCAGAGGCAGCGAAAGCGGGAGGAGCAGGUGGAAUUGGUGCCUUUGUGCCUGCAGUUGUGGUUUUGGCCUUGGCCAUUGGCUUUGCAGAAACGAAGCUGGACAGUACAGAGCCUGUCUCACCCAAGACGCUUACUUCAAAGAAGUCUGCAGCAGCCUUGGAGAAGCCCGCAGAGAGCGAUGCAGAAUCCCAGAAGGUGCCACCCUUGCCGCAGCGAACGUUGCCCGGCGGCUUCACCGUGGGAGAACGAGCUGUCAAUCUGGCAUGUCUUGCCCGGUGCCGCCAAUUGGAUGGUUUCUGA